AUGAAUGUUAGGAAUGCUAGACCAACCGACUUGCUAAACAUGAGAGAUUGCAAUUUAGAUUGCUUGCCGGAAAACUAUCAAAUGAAGUACUAUUUUUAUCAUGGUUUAUCUUGGCCACAAUUAUCAUAUGUAGCAGAAACAGAUAGUGGAGAGAUUGUGGGCUAUGUCUUGGCAAAAAUGGAAGAAGAUCCAGAAGACGUCCCUUAUGGACAUAUUACUUCUUUGGCAGUCAAACGACCAUAUCGGCGAUUAGGGAUUGCUCAGACGCUGAUGAAUCUGGCAUCAAGAGCUAUGGUAGAAAAUUUUCACGCUAGAUAUGUCUCUCUUCACGUUCGGAAGAGUAACAGGGCUGCACUUACUCUCUACAAAAAAACUCUACACUUUGUAGUAUCAGAUAUAGAACCUAAAUAUUACGCUGAUGGUGAGGAUGCCUACGCUAUGAAAAGGGACCUUAAGACAUUAUGGGACAAGUAUGGGCCUUCAGAUGUUCCUUUCAAAGAAUCGAAAAGCAAAAAUACUCAAUAA